ACUAGGGAGCGCUCGUGCUACACGGAAGUUCCGAUUUCAACUUCAGCUGUAUUUCACUCUUCAUCACACUUCACAAACAGGGAAAGGAGAAAUAGCAGUUGUUUACUUUUUGCUAACAACUCAGACGACUGUUUACUCAUACAAAAUUGCAGAAUUUGUCAAACCUGUAAAAAUACACGUUGUUGACGGAGCGAGGAAAGUGUUUAGACAUUUAGAGCAAAGGUCCGUCUUGCUGAAUUACUGUACGUUACUUCAUUUGUAAGUGACAUUACAUUUUCAGUGAUUUCUCGUUAUUGCAGCCUCAAUAAUACAUUUAUGGACCAUUCAAACUUAUGGACUUGUGUUAAGACUCAAAAUUAAGUAACUGUCUGGGUCAAAUAUGCCCUUGUUCCGACAACUCGAACCCCCAAAAGAGAGGGGAGGUCAGAAGAAGAAAAAACGCAAGAAUGAAUGGACUGAGGAUGAGGACAAACCUUCCACACUGAUUGGCCUUUGUCUUCAAAGCCUAGCCGAGAACAUGAAGGAGAUGUGGGUGAAAGAUUAUGCCCAAAAGUACAUGGACCAGUAUUUCUUCAGAUACGUCAUUGGUCCUUUCAGCUCAUUACCUGGUGAGUUGUUGGAAGAGCUGUUGUGCAUCCUGUCCUCGCGUAAUUUGUUGACACGUUCGGCCCUGCACCUCCUUCUCCUACCGCAGCUGAGCUGUCUGUCCCUCGCCUCUGCAUGCAGCCUCGUCAAUGCCAACCUCUGCUCCCUUAUUCAGAUACGCUGCCAGAAUCUUCAGUCUCUGGAUCUUAGUGGCGCACAGAAUAUAUCUGCAUCAGUGCUGUGUGAGCUCCUGGGCAGCCAACGUCAUCUCCGUUCCCUCUCCUUAGCUGGAACUCUGUGUGAUCAGAGAGUGAUAUCAGUGGUUUGCCGCCAAUGCCCCAAGCUGAAACACCUGGAUGUAUCACGGUGCCUUCACAUCACCCCUGCAGGCCUACUGCCUCUGGCUUACCAAGAACCCCUUGUAAAGAAUUCAAACACCUUCAGAAGUCUGCUGGCUUUGGAUAUUGGUUUAGCAGAAAACGAGAGAAAUGCAGUAGCUGCAGUUGCAUUCCUCCUGCUUAGCUUGCCCGGUCUUCAGAGGUUGGCAGUGGAGGGACUGGGGCAGGCUUGUGUUCUCAUACAGAACAGACAGUUUGAGGUGACAGACGAGUUCACUAGUAGAGAAGGUGUGCCAUGCCUUAAAGACAUGUGGGCGAAGCGGACACAGGAAGAUCGCUUGAAAGACAGCAGUUUACUGAGUGCAGAUGGAGUUGAGAGUUUUACUUUGGAAGGAAAAAUAGAUGAAUGGUUAUCAUUAGAGGAGAGUCACAUGGAUUCUAGUGAAACUACAAGGAUAAAUGAAUGGACAGAGACUUCAGGAGAGGGUUAUGGAAAAGAUGGAUGUAGAAGUAGGGAUUGUAAAGGAAGGGAUAGUGUGACAACAUCUCUUAAGGAUGUACAAGGAGUGUCUCUGGAUACUUUGGAGGCAGUAGGGAAGAUCUGCCCUGACCUGCAUGUCCUCUCUUUGGACUGUCUCCAGAGUAACGGUCAUGGGAAUGCUGACCACUUCGAACAGGCAACAAUUUUAGCCAGAGGACUUAGUAGGUUUUCUGGACAGCUACACUCUCUUUCUCUACAGUUUGCUGGUCUUCUGUCUGAUGUGGUUCCUGCCCUGAGAGCCGCAGGCUCACACAUGCUCUCGCUCACCUUGGAAGGGAUCAGAGCUGAUGGACAUACUCCUCUUCUGGAGCUCAUUCAUGCCUGUCCCAGACUCACCUCUCUCACUGUUCAUUUAGACCCACCCAGCACUAAUUUAGAUGGAGAUGAUGAUGAUGCAGAGGAUGAGGGUGAAGAUGAAGGCCUUCUUUCUAAUCUGCCAUGCCUUCCACACCUUCGCUCUUUAACACUAAAUUUUUCAUUGGAUGAACAACAAAUGAAGCCUGCAUUCUGCUGGAGGUCUCUAAAGGGAGUGCUGUGGGCACUACUUAGGGGUGCUUCACUCCUUCAGAAGCUCUCGCUAAUCGCUGUUCCCUGUCGACUGGACCCUGUUUUCAAACUUGUCCUGAAUCAUCCGGCCAAACCCCUCGGGGCCCUAGACAGUCCCCCGCUACACUGCCUUAGAUCUGUUAGUCUGAACCGCUCAGAUAUCACUAUGGAGACUGUAGUACAUAUUGUAAACGCUUGUAGGCGCUUAUCCCAUUUGGAUUUAAGUGGCUGUUGGGCAAUGACUUUGAGCAAUAUCACAAAGUUACAAAGCAAAUCCAAAAGGAGGCGCCACACACUGCAAAUAACAUGGACAUGAGCUGGGGAAAGAAAAGGCCAUGCUGAGAUUGAAAAAUAGUAUGUGAUUUUCGAUUUAUAUUUUUAUGUUCUUUUCAUGUAGUCUUUUACAGGCACCUUCCUUGUUUUGCACACUGGCCUUGCCAAAAAAAAAAAAAAAAAUUCUGUGGGAUUAUUCUAUGAAACUGAUAUAUUCUAGAAAAUACAUUUAUGAAUAUAAUAUGCAUUUAAUCCAGUUAUACAUUAUACAUAAUGUGCAUCAUUAAUUAAAGAUGCAUGGAUAAAAUAGUUUGAUACCAUUACAAAAAUUACCAUGCACUGUUCAUUAUUAGAUUUAUCAAUUGUCCUGUCCAUUUUCUAUCCAUGUAGGCCCAUUUUUAUGGCCUUUGAGAUUUAAAAUUGUGUACCACAAUCUUUUUUAUUUUUUUUUUUACAUUUAUUUUAACUCUGAUCUUAUGUAAUAAAUGUGUAAUAAAUAAUAAUAAAAUAUUGUUGAGCAAAGAUGAACGUGUACCAAUAAAAUAUUGUAACGUUACUCUUUUAA